AUCUGUCCAGUCAUGUCCUCCACCAUCCUGCUGAUCAUCCUGUCUGCACACAUUACAGGUCUGAUCUCAGAGCAGCUUCUCAGAGCAGCUGUUGGAGGAUCCGUCCUGAUAAACUGUUCUCUCCCAGGAUAUCCACUCAGUCUCAACUGGUUUUACUGGCAGGAGGGCGACAAUCCUGUUUUUCGAUGGGAGAAUGGGAAAGAAAUGAAAAUAGAAGACAACAAAUACAAGGGCAGGUUCCAAGUCUUCACUCAUGAGUUUAGUUCUGGAAAUAUUUCCAUCAGACUUGACAACAUUUCUCCGGAAGAUGAUCAGAAAACAUUCUUUGCCUACAUUAAAUUCGAUAAGGAGAGGCAAUCUGAAGAACGGUGCAGAUCCAAGCUGCAGGUUUCAGGUCUGAUCUCAGAGCAGCUUCUCAGUGCAGCUGUUGGAGGAUCCGUCCUGAUCCCCUGCUCUCUCCCUGGUAAUCCACUGACGUUUUACUGGCAGGAGGACCAGUCUUCUAACCAACUGUGUCACUGGGACAAUGGGAAAACAUUGCCAGCAUGUGACAAAUACAAGGGCAGGUUCCAAGUCUUCAAUUCUGAGUUUAGUUCUGGAAAUAUUUCCAUCAGACUUGACAACAUUUCUCCUGAAGAUGAUCAGAAAACGUUCUUUGCCUUUGUACAUUUUUACGAUGAGCAGAAAAAAGUCGCCAAACCGUCUGAAGAACGGUGCAGAUCCACACUGCAGGUUUCAGCUCCCUACCAGGAUCUGGUCCUGAUGGUUAACCACACAACCAACAGUGCAACCUGCUCAGCACGAGGAGGAUAUCCUGCAGCUCAGGUAUCAUGGAAGGGUCUGAUGAGAUCCAGCGAUGAAGAGCUGGACCUGCAGGAUGCUGAGACGUUCCUGCAGUCGGGUCCAACAGAGAAAACCUUCUCCUUCACAAGCUCUGUCAACGUUAGAGGGUUAAAGUCUGUAACCUGCAUCGUCUACAACCCUCACUCCAACAAGACCAUCACCAGAACUGAAAAUAUAGACACUGGUGAAAACAAGCGGAUUCAUGUGGCUGCAAUACUUGGAUCUGUUGUCCUCAUCAUCCUUGCUGGUGUCUAUUUGUACAAAAAGAAAUGUGCAGUUCAAGAUCCACGGAACCCAGAACCAGACGUCCCUAAUCCCCAAGACCCAGUUCAAGAAGAAGCUCCAACUCCAGAUCAAGAUCCAGAUCAACCCAACCAACCACCAGUCGACUCGAAUGCCAAAGAGCCAGCUCAGGAAGAGGCAGCUCCAGAUCAAGAUCAAGAUCAAGCUCGAGCUCAAGAUCCAGAUCAACCCAACCAAUCACCAGUCGAUCGUAAUACCCAUGACGGAGCUCAAGCUGAAGGUGAAGCAGCUGAUGCACCUGAGGACACUGUUUUAAUAUCUGAGGAUCGAGCUGCUUUUCACCGUCCCACAAGGACGAGUGAAGGUACUGCAGACCGCGACACCUGUGAGGACGCUGCUGCUUCUCCAGAGAAAGAAAAACUGUUGAAAAAAGAAAAUGGAACUGAAGACAGAGCCUCAGAUUGAGUCAGAAGUGUAUCUGACAACCUGGAUCAGAACUGAGUCGGGGAGGGAAGAACCUGAAGAACUACUGCACAUAAACUAAAAUAAUCACUUGAAGACUUGUUCAGACAAACUCAGGUCCACUAAACUGUGAGUCCAUUAGCUGUUAGUCAAACUCUGGUGCUGAAUAAACAACUGGACAAAGCAAACGGACCGACAACAGUAUGUCGAGAUAGUUCUGUGUGUUUCUUCUCUGGUGUCACACAGAGCUGCCAGCUGGACCGUGGUUCUGGAGAAGAUGAGGAUAAAAAAACACAUUUCUUUUUUGAAGUAUGGUAACUUUUUUUGAUCACAUGAAAAAUCUCCCGUCUCACAGGUCUGAAUGAAGGUCCGUUUAUUUCCACACACAGACUCCACAUUAUAACCACAGUCAAGGCUCAACUUUGUUCACACUGAACCAAGCAGCACCAUCUGAAAGGUGCUCAACUGUGUCCAGUUUAAACAGCCCGUUGGCAAAGCAGAACCAAAAGUGUUGGACGGUACACAUCAUGACGUUGACAUCUGUGUGUUUCCCCAGUGUCACCUGUUGAUCUAAACAUGUACCUGCUGACUGUUUACAAUCAUAUGGAUGCUGUCCUGAUGUGUUCUGACUGAGAUCCAGACCCAACAAACAUCCUGAAAGUUACGUUUUUGUCUUUUUUUUGUUUUUUUCAGGCUGACAGUUGCUGUGUUUUGUUUCAAUAGAAGUUGGAAGUCGUACAUUUCCUGUUACUUCAGUACUGUUGUUUGGUCCUGUUACGUUGCUUUGUGUGUUGAAGUCUGGAACAUUUCUCUUUUAUUUGAUGAGUGAACAAACUAUUUAUCCGUCUGUCUGAACACCAUCAGACUGACACACUGCGAUCCACAGAGACGCCAAACUGUCCUCCCUCUCUGCAUCUGUUACUUUCACACAGGUGGACAUGAUUCUCACCAGCCUGUGAAUGUGUCUGUGGUGUGACGAUUUGUGUUGUUGUCUGAUUCUUAUUUUUAAGUGCACAGUGAGUGUUUCUGUAUUGUCAGUGUGUCUGAAUGUUGGGGUUUGUGUUCAAAGUGUUGGGAUUUUUCAGAUAAUUAAACAAUGGUGCUUGCAAAAUU